AUGUAAAAUAAUGGCAUCUCGAAUUCCUUAUACUUUUCCAAACAUAUUCAUUUAAAAUAAAACAUUUAGCGUGGAUAUUUUGUCUUUAAGAAUGCUAAUUUUAGCAUUUUAGAGACUAGAAAUAAAAUGAGAUAUGAUAGUAAACAAUCGGAACCCGAAGAGUAAGUCUUUGUUACAACUUCAGUUUAAUAAAUACCAAGUUAAAGAAGAAUCAUAUCUGAUAAUACUAAUAUUGAAGAUUAAUAAAUAUAGUAAAUUGAUAAAAAAGGAGAAAAUAAGCGACAUAUAACUAAUCUCAAACUUAUAUAAAAAGAAUAACAAAUUCUGCCAUAAUUAUCAUCUACUUAAUAAGUAGUUAGAAUGAAAUUAUAAAGUCGUUAAUUAAAAGCUAAACCUAUGUUCAAGAAACAAAAGAGCUUAGAACAUGCAAUUCAAUUACGUUAUUUAAAUAAACAAUAUGAAGAAUUAUAAAAAGGAAUAAUGAUUAAAUGCAUAUUUCUGAAUAUUAAUAAUAGAGAAGAAUAUUUAGAUAAAGUUAUUAUUUUGAAUUUUGAAAGUACUAAAUUUCAAUGGAUUAGAUAGAUUUAUUGUUGCAAUCAAAAAGAAGCUUCUGGGAUCAUAAAAUUGAUCUAAAAAUAUGCCAUUCUUUUUCAAUUGGUAGCGUUAUUGAAUAAUGUGAUAGUCCUUAUUGUCCUUGCACUUUAAGAAGUGAUCUCAAAAAUACCUUAAGAAUGUAUAAUAUAUACUUAUUUUUAUAUUUUUCUUAGACUUUCAAAAGCUUAUUUAAUAGUUAUCCUAUUUACUAAUUAGACCUUUGCUUUAGUUUGGUAAAAAUAUUUAUAAGAUAAUGGCUACAUUUAUGAUGCAAUCUACAUCACUAAAUAAUAAUCUCAAUAAGUUGAAUGUGGAGGCAUUAAGCUUAAUAGAUUAUUAAGAGAUUUUAGUAAAUUUAAAAUUACUAAAAUACUUAUAUUUGAUUCUAUUGAUAUCUCUAAUACUUUUCCAAAAAUACUUCCUGAUCAAUUUUAAUACAAACUACCCAUAUAUGGAACUGAUGUUGAAACUAUAUUAUUCAUCUUUUAGCAAAUCUAAAACCCAAAACAAUUUGAUUCUAAAGUUAUUUUUGAUAUUUGUACUUCUUUCUAUAAUGAUUCAACUGUUGUCAUUAGUAGAAAGCCUAUUACAAUUUUAUCUAUUGAUCUAACAUAUGCAUAUAAUUAUUUUAAUUCAAAAGAAGAAAUUUACCAAGAUAAAUUGUAAAUAUUAUCCAAAUUAUCCAAAAUUUAAGAAGAAUUUAAUAAAAAUAUAAUUUAAUUUGAUGCUAGUUUACUCUAAGAAUAAGAGGAUUAAGUAUAUAAAUGGGGAGAUAUUACUCGUAAUAGAGUUUUAGAUUAAAUUAAAUCAAAAUUUUAAGAGAAAAUACCUUUAUUACAUUUUACAGUUGGAGACUUAAUUGUUCGAAAUCAUAAAUUUAAAAAAUUAUACUUUAAUUAUCCUUAAUCACAAUUAGUUCAUAAAGAAUAUUUAUUGAAUAAAAAAAUUAUAAAAAUGGACACAGAAACCGCAGCAUAUCAAAACAAAUAAAAAAAUCAAUUAUUAAUAAACUGCUUUUUAUGUAUAGAAUGA